UAUUCAUUAUUCCUUCAUUCUUUUUCAAAACACACGCCCUUUCUAAAUUAAACCUAUACAUAUACAAAAAAUAUAUAUAAUUCUAAUUAAAAAUUCUAAUUUAUAGAUCAAAAAUGGGCGUUAGGGCUCCCAGUUUUGUUGAAUUUUUUGCCCUAUUAAUAAUAAUUGAAUUUAUAGGGAGUUCAAAUGGUUUGAUCUCCUCUACCCCUGAGGUUAAUCAACAUCCUAAAGCCAUUUCUGAUUUGAAGGAAGCUAUUGUCAAAGGACUAGGGCUUCAAUCAGAUGAUUUUAAGAUAUCUGGUUUUGAUAUACGCGACGCUUUAGUUGGUCGAUCAGUGGCUUAUGAGUUUGAUGUGGAAAUUGACGACAAAGUUCUUCCCUUUAAACUUUUGGAAGAUGUGCAUAGAUGGGAAUACGUGGAUUUGCCUAUUUUCCGAGUGGAGGAUCAGGGAACAACUAUUGGUGAUGAGAAUGCGUUGGUAAAGAAGAAGACCUCAAGAGAAAGAUUACCUGUUUUGGCUCCGUUUCAGCUUUCUGGUCCGAUGGAGUUGUGGAUACAGGAUGCCAAAGACAUGAGGCUUUCUUUGCCUCAUGAUGUUGAUGCUGGUGAGCUAAGGAAAGUAAUCCUAGCAGAUGGUGCAGUUGUGACAGUUAAGGGCGCUAGAUCAGUCAGCUUACGCCACCCUAUUGAGCUUCCACUUCCUUUAAACAAGAGCCGAAACGGCUUUGCUUCCGGCCUCCUAACUCUAGCCGAGCGUCUCCGACACGCUUCUCAUGCCCAAACCCAACUCCUCUCCCUCCGCAUUGUAGGCCCCACAUCUCUCACCUCCCCAACUCCAUCAUCCCCUGCUUCCAAAAGCAAGCUCAAGCUCAAACGCCUUGCUCCUGGCCUAGUGGAGUUAUCCUCUGUUUCAAAAACCGCACUCUCAACCAUUGAUCUUCAAGGAGAUGCCCCAACCCUUCUCACCCCAGAUCAUUUCACCACAUUAUGGCCCGUCACAUCGGUCAACGGGUCACACUCAAACUUACUUGGUUUAGAAAAGCUACUCGGGUCUGUUUUAGGCUCGAAAGCCAGUAAAGAUGGUUCUUUCAAGUUACUAAAAGCGGAUGUAUCAGCACAAACAUUUGUGAAGAUCGGGUUUAAGGUCGAGAAGAAGCUGACGGGAGACCUAUCUGGCUUGGAGGGUCAGAUGGGUCAGCUGCCUGAGUGGCAAACAAAGCCGGAAACUAUGAGAAUGCAUUUUGAGGUGUUGGCUAAGGUUGAUGGAGAUAAGUUUGUACCCGAGAGAGUUAUGCAGGUUAACCCUGCCCUGGUGGAGCAUACUAUAGCACCUAGCGUUGCUACUGGAAACACAACUAUGUCAAAGGUACCUGUUGUGUAUACUCCCUUCAGUCCAUUUGCAUUAUGAAAUUGCUAAUGUUCUGUUUAGGAUGCCUUUAAGAAAAUGAAUCACUUUUUAUUAAUCAUUUUCAGCCUUCUAAAGUAUAUAAGUUGUAUGCAAAUACCAUAAUAGUUUGUAUAAAAUCGUGAUCUGAAGCAUAUAAUGUUUUGACGCUUGUACUUUUUGUUUC